AUUGUUAGCACGGUAUAUCUAGCUCUCUUGAAAAGUGCAAGCGGUCUUUAUGCAUCCCUAAUAAGAUGCAAUUCCUGAAGCCUGUGGGCAGGGAACAGCGGCUGGACACAGCACACAUUUAACAAGCCGACUGCACGCAAGCAGCUUCAUCAUCUCGGCUGAUCCCUCAGCACCAUGGUUUGGGAGCUCGGCCAUGGAACCAGUGCCGCCCAUUCGAUCGCUUCCUUUGAUAAGAAAAAAAACGGAAUCGUAAAAUUGAGGAGUGUGAAGGAACUGUUGUGUUUCCUUUGCUUGUAGAAUUACGCGAAAUGACAAUGCGGGGGGGGGUUUGUGAAACCACACAAUAGCUUUCACAUGCUGGUUUCUCCAAAAAGGCGGAAGCAGACUGAGCUCACUGCCCUGGCACUGUGGAGCUGCUCACUUUCAGGAAGACUCCCGAACACACAGGAAGGAUCGGUACAAGAAGGGACAUUCCCAAUCCCGCCUCAGACCGCACCCAAUUGGCAGGGGAAUGGUCUCACUUUAAAAUCUCUCCACCUCGGGGCCCGCAGCAAUGGGGAAAGUGACGAGUUUUACAAUACUCUACGACCGCGCCGUGGACAACAACAUCCCGACCUACAGCUGCGGGGAAUGGGUCUCUGGGCGGGUCAUUGUCGAGCUCAACGCUGAGAUCGAGGUGAAAGCUCUUAAAAUUCACGCCAAAGGACAGGCGUAUGUCCACUGGACUGAGACCGACUCGGACUCGGAGACUCGGUCCUAUACUAAGACCAUCAGAUACUUCAAGCACAAGUACUUGCUAAUAGGAAUAGAUGGUUCUGAACAACUUACAGUUCUACCUCCAGGCAGACAUGAAUAUCCAUUCAGCCUUGUGCUUCCACAUUCACCACCACUUCCUGCCACCUUCAAAGGUCCUCAUGGCAACGUGAGCUAUUGGAUGACAGCCAAACUGCACAGACCAUGGAAACUGAGAAUUAAAGUGAAAGAAAUGUUUACAGUACUUGACCAGAUUGACAUUAAUGUGCCAUCACUGUUGUCACCACAGUCUGCUUCAGAGGAGAAAACUAUUUGUUGCUGCUGUUGUGCCUCAGGCCCAAUAUCCCUAAGUGCCAAAAUUGAACGCAAAGGCUACACAUCAGGUGAAUCCAUUCGAAUAUUUGCUGAAAUUGAGAAUAACUCUUCCCGCAAAUUGGUUCCAAAGGCAGCCAUUUAUAAGACACAGAUUUUCCAUGCUGAAGGAAAGAAAAAAACAGUUACAGAACUGGUAACCAAAAUAGAGGGUGAACCAGUGUUAGCUGGAAAAUCAGAGAACUGGAAUGGAAUGGAACUGAAAAUUCCAGCAGUGCCUCCUACACUGAUGAACUGCAGCAUUAUCCAAAUGGAGUACUCACUGAUGAUAUAUUUAGAUGUCCCAAGCUCAUUCAACUUAGAUGUUAAAUUACCAAUUGUUAUUGGUACAAUUCCCUUGCAUCCUGUCAACAACCAGGCAACCAACUAUAACACCCAAUAUGGCAUGAACUACAACACCUUCAACAACUUCAGUGGCACACUCCCUGAAGGGCCUGACGCAGGAAAACCUGGCUUUCUAUUCACCAAUGAGAACCCAGGCUUCCAGACACCGGGGAUGAAAAACUUUCAGGAAUAAUGAAUUGAGGUUUACAUUUGCCCUCUGGGUGAUGGAGGAUUGUGGUGCCAACUUUGACUUGCUGUUGAGUCCAAAUGCCUACUCCAAAUACAUAUUUCAUUUAGAAAUGUCAAGAAUAAAACAGGAAACAGAAACCACUGUAUUACAUUACUUCUAAGUAUAUGCUAAUUGUUAACUUUAUUGUCAUAAAUAAAACAACAUAAAACAUAAAGCUUGAAUACCAAUUCUGCUGGUGCAUAAUGAACUUUGUCAUGUUUUGUAAUGUGACGAUGCUAUUCUUGAAAGAAAAUGUUCAAUCUUUCAAAUUGAAGUUUUCAUUUUUAGCAGUUAAUGUCUUCCAUUUAUAUAUGCAUCUCUACUGUCAUAUUAUUAGUUGAUACAUUUACACAUAUGUACUCACUGUAUUGAUGUUAAAUACCAAACGGUCACUAUGUUUGCAGAAUUCUUUAUCAAAGGAGUGUUACAGAUGAAAAGGUUGUUUUCCUCCUAAAUUUAAAGACAAACAUUACUUUUUUUGCUGUAUUUUGCUUCCAGAAAAUCAGGUGCUGUGAUGGAGAAGGCAUCACACUGAUGUUACUGCAUGAAUUCUAUGCUUGUUAUGCUGCACUGAUUAAUGGCCUCAAAUUGAAGUACAUUAACACAGGUUUGCAGCAAGAAAAAAGGUAGCAAAUUGGUGUGUUUUUCAAGGGAACCAAAAUUCAAACCUCAUAAAACAAUAUGUGUUCUUUUAAAUGCUUCUGUUAAUAUUGGAAUUAUUGUUUGCUUUGCAAAAUAUUAUUCAUGAAGUCACAAAUUCUAAGAGCAUUCUUUGAAAUUAUUUUUGCUAAGCUGGUGCUGCUUUAUUUUUAAGUGCAAUACAAAAACUCAUCAAAGCACAGAAGUGGGGUUUCUUUUAUACUUCUGGUGGAGGACGCAGGUAGAUUGGGAACAGUUUAAUUUCUCAUCCAGGUGAUUGCUUAUUUUAUGGUCUGUGCCACUGCUCAGUUUUCAAUUUGUUUGUUUUCCAGUGGUACUUCCACAUAUUUCUCCCUUGGAACAGUUGAUUUUAUGGCAAUCUGUUAACAGCCAUGUUGCCAAGGAUCAAAAACAGUAAGUGCUGGAGAUACUCAGGAGCUCUGGCAGUGUCGCUAGAGAGAAACACAGUUAACAUUUCAACUCCAGUUAUCCUUCUUCAAAUCAUCAGAACAUUAGUUUCUGACAAAAGAUAAUGAACAAAACUCUGUUUAUCUUUCAACAUGUGCUGCCAAACCUGCAGAGUUUCUCCACCAUUUUCUGUUUUUAUUUCCGAUUUCCGGCACCCGCAGUUCUUUGCUUUUAUUAUUAAGUUGUUAUAUUAUUAUAUUAACAUGGUUGAUGUAGAGAUGAACUUCGGACCACAUAAUGGUCAUCAUUAAUACCACCUACAUCCAUCUCCAUAAUAUUAACCAACAUUGGUCCCAGCCUCAGAUUUGCCUAUUCCAACAGUUGGUUGUGUUCCACAGUGCUCACUGAUCUAUAUUGGCUCUUGGUCAAGCAAUGUAUUGAUUUUAAGAUUUUCAUCUCUGUUUUUGAGUCCCUUGAUGGCCUAACUCAUCUUUAUUUCUAUGACCUCCUAACGCCCACAAUAAUCUGGGCUUUCAGUGUGCCUUUAAUUGUAGAUUCCUAGGCAUCCCUGAUUUUAAUGGCUGCAACAUGUGCCUGUUUCUUAGCUAUCUGGGCUGCAAGUUCUGGAAUACACUCCCUACGCCUCUCCACCUCUCUAACGCACUCACCUCCCUUAAAACUUUACAUUUUUAACAAGCUUUUGGUCACCUGACCUCAUGGGCUGGAUUUUCAUAGAGUUAUGGUGAUUCCAGAGAUCUUUAAAAUGGUAAACAGGACCAAAUUUGGUCCUGUCCCACAUCUACAAGCUAGAACGACAAAUGUAUGGAACUCUGCUACCUUUGUGUUUCCCUGAAAACCAUACACUGCUCUAAUUUGGAAAUAUAUUAUUGUUCCUUCUCUGUCACUGGUUCAAAAUCCUGGGACUACUCCCUCCCUUUCUAUGGGCAUACCCUAAGGACUGCAGUAGUGCAAAAAGGCAGAUCACUGCCAGCUUCUCAAGGACAUUUGGGGAUGAGCGAUAGGGUUAGGGUUAGCUAGAAUAACCAAUGACUCCCACAUUCAAUGAUUCACUAUGAAAAGGAAUUCUGGCAGAUGCUGUUAUCACCAAGGUAUGAAAUGGGAGAGAGAUGUGGGAAAUCCAAACUCAGUGGGGAUUUGGAAAAGCAAUCACAUUUUCACUGGAACAACAGCCUUCUGCUUGUGGCGUUAUGAAUCAUUAGAGAAAUCAUAAAUGCUCUUGAAAAGCAGAACUGUCACACUAUCAAUUUAUUUAAAUGCCUUUUUUGAGAAACAAAACAACACUGCUUACUGUGUGAGUAGAAAAUAAUCUAUCAAUUUCAAUAGCUAUUUGUUGACCUAAUACUUAGUGCUAUAAUUGUAGUCUUGUUAAUACUAGGUGGUUGAUUCCCAUAUUACAGUGGCAGGCAGAAUUCACAGUUUGAUUGAAAGUUCAAGGAAGUUAUAAGAGGAAAAGUGAUUUGUUAUGGUUCAUGAAUAAUGAUUGUAUUUAUAAGGGGCUUAAAUUCUUGAGAUUUUAAUGUUUUGAAUGGGUUUACAUAAAAGGAAUGUUUUGUAUAUUUAACUCUGUAAUUAAUAUUCAAAACUUUAUUUCUACUCACCUUGGAUCCAGAUGUUUGUCCGUGCUCAUGUUACCAAAAUAUCCUGUCAGAAUAUUAAUUUGUAAUUUCAGCAAUUAGUCAUAUGUAUAUUGAUUUUUUUUUUAAAAGGACACUGUUUGCUAAACAAUGGACACUGAUCUGAAGUAGCUGCUAAUUUGCAUCGUGGAGUCAGUCGUUUCCAUGAAGGCAUAAACUCUGUGGAGAUGUCAGCACAGAUAAUCACAACCUUAAAUGUGUGAACAACUCAUUCUUAUCAUCAGGUUGGAAGAUAACUCAUUCAGUAGUUUGUGACUGGGACAUUUAAAAACAGAAAUCACCUCAGCUAUGAAACAAUGACUAAAAGGAGGGUAUGCAAGAUGUGAGCUCACCCCUCCCAUAUUCUUUGAAAUAAUACAAUAGAUUUGGAGAGAGGUUAUAAAACUUUGUGCAGAUGCUUGAAUUGGAUCAGAGCACACAUGAUGGAAGAACGAACAUCUCCCUCUAUUCCUUCCUGCAAUAGGCCAUUGAAGUCCUAAAUCCUAUUUUAAGGUAGAAGCGUCUAUGGUCCUAGAGCAGAGACUUUCUACUGUGGGUCAUUGGAAUUUCUGUGACACACUUUCUGUAAGGAAAGGAAAUACAUCAGCUACAACUGUAAAGCGCUGCCUCAGUGAGAAUGAAAAUAUUCAAAUGCAAUUAAUGGAUUAUUAUUGACUGCUUUUUUUCUGUAUUUUUCAUGGCUAACAUCUGAUACUUCAUAAAGUUGUAAUUUUUUGCAUGCAUGCAGAACAUAUACGUUUGCCUACAUCACUGAAAAUUAGAACACAUUUUAUAUAUUUCUAUAAUCCAGGAAUAAAGCCAGUCACUUAUAUUUUUGACUAAA